AUGGAGAAGGAUAAGAAUCAUCGCUGCCAGGGUGGUUCUUACUAUCUUGUGGAUCAUAUUCAUGAUUCUUGUCGUUGGUAUUCCAGCAGUCAUCAAACAAGCGGCACAUGCGAUAGCUUUGACACACGUAUCAAACUCUCUGACCCAUCUGUCGAUUACUUUGGUCUUCACAACAGAACGACGAAAGAAAUAAGAAUCCACAACGACCAUUUAUACACUCAAACGCCUGAUCUGUACCCAUAUCCCUCCUGGAAAGACUACGAAUCUUACAAAUCUGGCAUUGAUCUCUUCAACAUCACCAGAAUAAACAAUACAGCUCUACGCAGCCCUAAAUUAUCGACCAGUAAGCCAUUCGACCAAUUCUGGCGCAUCAUGGGGAUUUACGGCAAUAAACCCCUACAUAUGGAUUUCGAUCUCUUACAUCGCUCUUGGCGUAUGAAAGAGGGAAUCGUAAUAAUCGACUCUGAAGAUCCCAGUUCCUCUUUUUACAAAGGUGGAGUCUUAUUCGACCGACUCAAACCAGGGGAAAUCUAUGACUCAAACAAAACCGCUCACCUAGUCCCUAAUUUUGGCAUCGCGAUUCAAAAUCUUCACGAAGUACGCAAUGGAACAUGGACAGAUACCGAUGCCGGGAAUCUAGAGCUUACAUUCCCCGAAUUGGAUCUACAUAUUCCGUUGUGGGGACUCUUUGAAAAACAUUGUGUGUAUCAAAGUUUUAUAAGGGUUUUCCGAAGGCCAACUGACGAGAUUCGGAAAAAGUGGAAUACUUGGAGCAAAGAAAGCAAUGGGGAGGAAGUUAUGAGAAAUGCGAGUUUUGGGUAUGGUGGAAAUGAGGGAUUGGAAGCUUGUGUGAGGAGAAGGAAUUAUACGUGGACUAGUCAUGGGGUCAAGAUAACGGAACCGGGGUUGGGAGAGGAUCUUUUGGUGCCGUUGGGGUUGAUGGCUGUGGUGAGGAUGAGUAUGAGGAUGGAACAGGGGAAGAUAAGAGAUGGGUGUCAUUGGCCGGAGCUCUGA